AUGACUUCUCGCCUCGUUCACACGUUUUCGCGAUUGUUGAGCGUCUCACAAAGUUGCCGCAGUCUGACACGAGCGGAAAUUCCCGGAGAGAAAUUGGAUGCAAAAAGGUAAGUUUUUCAAUGUUUACAAACAUUUAUUCCAUUCGAAACUACGAGUUUUAUGCACAAAGAUCAGUUGUUUUCAAAAUUUUCCGGGAAAAUUUAACUUUCUCAUUGUUGUUCGUGUGGCCGAAAGAGAACAAAUUUUGAACAAUUCACCGCCUUCACACCCUCCAUCAUGUUCUCUUGCUCGUCUUUUAUAACUUUAUUGUUCUUCAGUACAUUUCUUUCAUUUCUGCUGAGUGCCAGAUGUUCCAACUGUCUGAACUACUUCUCAAUGUGAUGUUCUAACAGUUUGCAAUAAAUUGGACCCUUUAGAAUACGUCAGUGGAGCACCAAACACUAUAAAUGUACAGAGUGUACAAUACAGUUGCAUUUUGAACCUGUUCUCCUGAAAAUUUGAAAAAAUUUAUGAAUUUUCUGCAAAUGCGCUAACAGGUAUCCAAAGAGUUGGGACGCGGGCGAAGAGAACCACGAGACGGGGGGAGAUGCUGCACUGUCUAAUUCCAGAGCCCGUCUUCUGUAUCAAAGCAAAAAGCGUGGAAUUCUGGAGAACGACAUUCUGCUCGGCGAUUUCGCAGACGAGAAUCUGAAAAAGAUGAGCGCGGAGCAGCUGAAGGCGUACGACAAACUGAUUAACGGAGAGCACAUGGAAUGGGACCUCUUCUAUUAUCUGUCGAACAAAAAAACGCCGCCGGAAGACGUCGGCAACUGUUCCGUCUACCAGAUGGUCAAACAGUUUGUCGACAGAAAACGAGUGCCCAGAUCUUCCUAA